CGUAGAGACACACAGACAGGUAUACAAAGCUAUGUGAAUGAAUAAUUUCAUUGUAACAUAAAUCUAGGAAGAUUAUGUAAUAAGAAUUCGACACCAUUUUGAGUCACACAAAGAAUAAAAAUAAAUUCCUUAAAUAGAAUUCAUGUUCUGUUCAAAUUGGUCUCAAGCAUGGUUCCAGGGUUUCUGCAAGAUCGCUGCAAGAUGUUCCGGAUCUCGAAGAAUUCCUGCACUGGCUACAGCAAGGACAAUGCCAAUAUUCCAGGAGAUCCUGGCUCCAGUGCUGCCACUGCCUUGCCAACAUCACCAAGACUCCAGGCUCCAGGCCUACUGCCACUGGAAUCCCCAUUCAGGUGCCACUGCAGCCAACACCUCCUGCUGCCUUCCCUAAAAGACCAGGCUCCAGGCCUACUGCCACCAGGGGUCCCCGCUCAGGUACCACUGCGGCCAACACCCCCUGCUGCCAUCCCUAAAAGACCAGGUUCCAGGCCUACUGCCACCAGGGGUCCCUGCUCAGGGUGUCCAAUACAGCCAACACCCCCUACUGCCACCAGGAGUCCCCGUUCAGGUACCACUGCAGCCAACAACCCUAGCUGCCAUCCCUAAAGAGGCCAGGCUCCAGGCCUACCACCGCUGCUGUCGCCAGGAAUUGGAUCCACACUGCUGACACUGUAGCUGCUGCUCCAUUGGCAUUGCUCCGCCUUAAUGAUGAAGAAAGAAGAAAAAAACAAAGAAAAAUGACAGAAUGGAGAGAGAGAGAAAAGGAUACUGCCGGCCUGGGGCAGAUGGGCUCAGGAGUCUAACACUAACAGUGCUGGUGCUGACAUUUUGAAACAUGCAGAGUAGACAGGCAGGAGGCUGAAAGAGCUCAGCAAGCCAGGCAGCAUCAGGAG